AAUUAAUGUUCAAGAGAGACGAAAGUUUAAUUUUGGUAAAUGUGAUGAAUGCAUUGACAUCUGCUACGUGGAGAUUCGAAGGACAUCUUGGAGAAAUGCUUCUUGUAUAUGUUCUUAUUGUUUCCUAUUGUUUCAAAAUCCAGUCGCUAUAAUUAUAUGAAUGCAAUAACGCGUUCUUUUCAUAAGUACUGAACGAAAAAUCAGCCAUGUUUAUUUUGAAAUGUCAACAUUGAUCAGAAAUGUCAAAUAAAUAUUAUUUUGUUUAAUUCCGCGCUAAAUAUUUCAUUAAAAACUAAAGUUAUUAAAGUGUGUGAUCAUUUAAAAAUCGUAUUGAGUAAAAAUUCUUUCUGCAAAUCAUUAAAAGAGUGUCAGUUUUCCUGAGAUAUGUUUUAACACCUUCAAUAUGAGGCGAGGUCACUUAAGUUCAGGCGGUUGGCGGACUGAAAAUCCCAGACAACAUAGGCCUAGAAACCCAGGAAACCCACGCUUCAGGCCUCCCAGACCGUAUAAUCUUCACAAUCCUAACAGGUUCCCACAUCCAGGGCCUAGACUACACAGACCGCCUCAUUUUGGAAAUUAUCCUAAUAGAGGAGACCAGCAUUAUGAUGACUAUACUGACCAUUAUGAGAGACACACUUACAGAAACCAUAACAGUCCUCAGCGCAAUAGCUCCCUUAAUUCUAGACAUAGAGGUCAUUACCAAAAUAGAGGAGGAGGCCAAAGGCAAAUACUUCCAUACCUCCAACAAACAAGAACACUUGAAACUCAAAUUUCAAAUAUUAAAUGUUAUGAUAACAAUAAAUCACAAGCAUACCAUAUAAACAGCAUGGGUGAUGUCGACCACAGAAUUGUUGCUAACAAUUCACUUGCUCAAGAAAGACUUUUAAAUCACAGUCCUUGGGUAAACCCUCAUUUUGAUUGCAAAUCAUACCAAAAUAAAAGCCCUCAAAAACAUCAUUUAAAGUACAAUGAAAAUAUCGAAAAUAAAAACAGUCAACCAAACUAUCCAGGACACAGACCCCCUGCUUCUGAUCACUACAGUACCACUCCUGAUUUAGAAAACACAAAUAAUGAUAUAUCAUUCAGCAGGUCUAUAGAUGAUACUGUAGAUAUUGUUAGAAAGCGACUUUUAAACAGGAAUGAGCCUCCAAGUCCAUCUUGUGAUGAUCCAAAUGAAAAUCAAAUGACUACAAUCAACACAUCAUCAAUUCCAUAUGAGAAUCCUCAACAAGAGCAGCCUGUAAAGAGAAGAGUGCAGAGACAAAGACAAAUAGAAAAAUCGAACUGUGACAAAAUGAAAAACAAUAUUGUGAAACAGUUAUUCAAAAUGGACAAAGACAAAAUACAUAAAUUGAUGGACAACCCUAAUUCAUCAACAAAAUUUGAAUAUGCAAUAAACAGUUUUAUAACAGAAUCUCAGAACAGCUUGAAUCGUCACAUGAGAUCAUUAGCCGAGAAAUCUCUCAGUAGUUCCAGUCAUGACUUUAUUCACAACGACAAUAAUACUAUUUAUGAAGACACAUUCAUGAAGCAGAUGCAGUGUAUCUUAGAUCCGCAAGAUACAGUUUUACUUGAAGACAUAAAACCACUUGUUUUGGCUGAACUUAGUAAGAUUUUGAAAUUAAAUAAUGUGCAACAGGUGUAUGAGAUUGCAGAAACUGAAGAUAACACUUAUAGUGCAGAACAUGUUGAUUAUGAUUAUCAUAGUGAAAAUAUAUAUAACGAUAAUUAUGCACAAGAAAGAUAUUUAAAUCAAGAUGAAAUUGAUGAUUAUACUGAUUUCCACGGUGGUGAGGUACCAAAAUUUGAUGAACAGGAUGAGAUGAAACAUCCCAUUCAAAGUCACCCUAAUAAUCUGUAUAGAAGACGAAGCUCAGAGAGUUUUAAAAGUACAGAAAAUAAAAGAAACAAUACCAACCAACAGGUAAUUCCUGAAAUAAAGCCCUUGUUUGAAACACACAGAGAACAGAGCUCUGAAGAUGAAGAUCCUUUUGCUGAAUUAGACAGGCAAUACCAUGUUCCAGUUGACCACACUUUUCUAGAAAGUGAGGACUGCAUAAAUCCGUCCACUUCAACAUCAAAGUCAGCCAAUGAGUUUGUUUCACCUAAAACUGAAAAACCCUCAUUAGAUGAUAUUCCAAAUCAUUCUGAACAGAUAAAAAAUGAGAUACAAAUCAAAAAUAACUCAGAUUUAUGUAUAAAACUAGAAAACACUUUUCUUGAGCAAGAUCCAAAUGUAAUAAGUGAAAUCAUUACAAAUGAUUUAACAUGUUCGGUAGAGAGCCCAGUUCAGAAUGCAUCAAUGCAAUCUUAUUCAGAAACAAUGAAAAAACAUUUUACAAGCACUGAGAUAAAAGAAGAAAUAAAUCCAGUACCUAAAUAUGUUGAAAAAAAAAUUUCAGAAAAAGAUUUAAUUACAAACAAAGAGAUUGUACCUACAAGUUCUCGUAAAAGAUCAAUUGACCAAAGACCGUAUCAUCGAAAAGAAAAACGUAAAAAAAGUGAUCCAGGACUUUACGAUUCCAACAAACAUAAUAGUAAUAAAAACACAAAUAAAAAUGUAAAUAGUGGCACCUCAAAAAAUGUUGAGAAUUCUGAAGAUGUUCCAAAACCAUUGUUUAAUUUGUUCUUAUCAAAGAAUGAGAAUAAUAAACAUCCAUCCAAAGAUGCUAAAAGGUUAGAAACUGGAGACAAGGGAUACUCAGAUAAAUAUGUCAAAAGGAAAGAAUAUACAAAAAAACAUAGACAUACAACACCAAUGAAAAAACAUAAUAAUACUAACUAUAGUCAUUCCAUAAUAUCUAAAGAUGAUAAUACAAGUCCUGUAGAUAUUAGCACUAGUAGCAAUAAUCAAAGUUCUAACAGAAUUGAUACUAAAACGAAAUUAAAAACAAUUGACAUGUUUAUGGAUCAGCCCAAAAAAUCAAAUUUACAUCAAGCACAUAGAAAUACAUCCAUAGCUCCUAGUAAAAAUGGAAAUCCAAUAGGAAAACAUAGCCCAAACAAACAAACCGGUGUAAGUCAUAAAGAAAAUAGUAUUAAAAAGUUAAUUUCAAAGGAAACUCAAACAAUAAACAAAAGCACAUUCAAUACUAAAAGUAGUCAAACUGAAAGGAAGAAAUUUAAUACUAAAUCAAUACAAACAGACCCAAUCUCGGUGCAGAAAGAAACUACAAAAUCAACUGAUGUUUUUGAGAGAAUGAAAGAGAUUGACCUAGAAAUACAAGUACUCCUGCAAGAGAAGUUUAAGCUCUAUAAUUCAUUUGAGUCAAAGAAUACUUGUCCGGUUAAUGAACAAACUCUUGGCAUGACAGUAUUAAAUGUAGUGCCAGUAAAUAGAGGAGAUGGAACUGAAUCUGCUGAAAUAAUUAUUGAAGGUGAUUUAUCAGAAGACUCUAUUGUCGAUGAUUUCAGCAACAUACCUGUUGAAGAGCUUGAACAAAUAGCCUUAGAGACAGUUGAAGAAACUGAACCAACACAAGAAAGAAGAUUAAGAAGACACAGUCAAAAACAAGUGGAACAAAAUGUUUCUGCCUUAAGUCCUUCAUCACUUAAAAGAAGUAAUAGGAAAGGAAAACCGCUUAACAUAUCACUCUUGGAGCAAAUCAUAACUGAUGACAGGCCUCUUGAAGAUAUAAUCGUACUUGACGAACUUGAAAAUGUACCAUCGAAAGUGAAUAAAAAGAAAUCACAAAGAACUCACACACCAAAAGCUAGAAAAGUAUCGAAGAAAAUGAAACCCUCAAGCACUUCUAUUAAUCUAUCACAGCAUAAUAUCAAAGAAUGCUCAGUUGUUUUACAACCUCUAGAUAUAAGUCCUUAUUUAGAAUUAUUAUGUGAAGAACCUUCUGAAUGUGAUGAGGCUAUAGCUGGCCAUAAGUCACCCAUUUAUCUAUUCUCUAAUGACACCCUAGAACUACCCUCAGAAACACUCAAUCAACAAAUGGAAGUUAUAGAAGAAACAGAUGUCAAUGACAUACAGUUUGACAUGCUAGAUGUUUCAGAGGACAUAGUUAUCGGGGACAAUUGUGAGAUUAAAUCUAGGGACACUGAUAGAAUAGAUGUACCUAUCAGUGAAGAUAUAAUACUAGAUAACAGUCAGUCUUCAUGUGACAACGCGAUAUCGGAGUUUGCACAAAAUGAACCAGAAUGCAAAACCUAUGAUUACUCUACUGAUGAGAAUCUACGCCGAGAUGCAAUUACAGUUACUGGGAACGCUGAUGCAGUCCUUGCUAUUGAGUGCAUAGAAAACAACUUCAUUGCGGCUUGUCUAGAUGGUAAUGUCUAUCACUUCAACAGUGAUGGCCAACUGCUGAAUACUUUAAGGGGCUCUAAUUUAGCAGUUACCUGCAUUACUAUAGUAAAAGAAAAAUAUGGGACGACAGUCUAUACUGGUUCGCUGGAUUCUAGGAUACGAUAUUACGAUUUAGAGACAGGAGUGGAAAAGGGCCCGGAGUGCAAUGUUCUUAGUCCAAUCCAGACUAUGGAUCGCGCCUGGGACACUAUAUUCGUCGGUACAAGAACUGGUUUUGUGCUGCAAUUUGAAUGCAAAAACAACAUGCUCAUUCCAGUCAGCACUGUGAAAUUUUCGGAUCAGUCAAUCUUGGCUCUGCGAGCUAUGAAAGAAGGCCCAAGGAAGGUUCUACUUGUGGCAGCGCGUUCAGAGAAUGUGACAAUUAAGGACGCACAAACAGGACUGCUGCUAAGGUCCUUAGUGGGUCCAAAAAUGACUGUCUACACUUUAUUAUUUGAAGAUGGCAAAGUGUACUGUGGAACGAGCAGUCAUCAGAUACAUGUAUUCGAUUAUAGUACUGGCAGCCACGUUGGUUCACACGAAGGCGGUAAAGGCGCGGUGUGCCUGCGAGCGACGGGCGGGUUGGUGUUCGCGGGCUGCUACGAUGGCUGCGUGUAUGUGUACCGCGAGGGAGAGACUAGACCCCUCGCGCAGUUACGUGGCCCCAGCCUUAUGUUACUGUCUCUGGCUAUUGUUGGCAGCAAGAUAAUCGCGGGCUAUAAAGAUAGAGGAUUGUAUAUAUGGAAGAUACCUUUAAAUAUACUAAAGGAAAUGAUUUUAUGAAUACCUACCUGAAUGUUAAUAGAUUUUCUCACCUUUAGUUGUAGUUGUUAUUCAUAAAUGUAAAGAUUUUUUUCUGUAAAUAAAAAAUAUAUAUAUUU